AUGACUUUUUUUAAAAGGAAAACAAAAUAUUGAAAUGUUCUGAUAAAUAGUUUUAUUUUUAAUACUUUUUUUAUUAUAUAAAAAAUGAAGAAAUUUGCGCUGGCGAAGAAUCAGAUAACAAAGCGGGCAGUUCGACUCCACCACCGCCGCCGCCACAACUGUAAUGAGUGCUUUGCUAAUGUAAAAACAAUCCCUUUUUUUCCUACCUAAAAAGAGCCCAGUAUUAAAAAUGCCAUAAAUUUCCAUUAAAUAAGAAAAGAAAAAUGUCGUCCUUGACCAGCAUCCCGUUUCAAAAAUUGUUGGCUGCAUCCGCUGCAGCUGCUUCUUCUUCUUCUUCAUCGAUUUCUCCGCUCAAAUCUCUCCUUUUAAAGCCCACUUCUUGUAGAGCCCUUUUCCAUCCCAAACCCAACGCCGCCGCUACCCCUUUCGGCCUCCGUUUCGCCGCUUCAUUCACCGCCGCUACCUCAACCAUGGGUGACGUCGCCGCCGCCGAUUCCGCCAUGGACGCCGUCCAGAGGCGCCUCAUGUUUGAAGACGAAUGCAUAUUGGUUGAUGAGAAUGAUCACGUUGUUGGCCAUGAAUCCAAGUACAAUUGUCAUCUGAUGGAAAAGAUUGAGGCUCUAAAUCUGUUGCACAGAGCUUUCAGUGUCUUCCUGUUUAACUCAAAAUACGAGUUAUUGCUUCAGCAACGAUCCACAACUAAGGUUACUUUUCCAUUGGUGUGGACAAACACUUGCUGCAGUCAUCCACUAUACCGAGAUUCUGAGCUUAUUGAAGAGAAUGCUCUUGGUGUGAGGAAUGCUGCUCAGAGGAAGCUGUUGGAUGAACUCGGCAUCCCUGCUGAAGAUGUCCCAGUCGAUCAGUUUGUUCCUUUGGGGCGUAUGCUGUACAAGGCCCCGUCAGAUGGAAAAUGGGGAGAGCAUGAAUUGGAUUAUCUCCUAUUCAUUGUCCGGGAUGUGAGCGUGCAUCCAAAUCCAGAUGAAGUGCACGAUGUGAAAUAUGUGAACCGGGAGGAGCUGAAAGAGCUUCUACGUAAGGCAGAUGCCGGAGAGGGGGGCUUGAAGCUAUCGCCGUGGUUCAGAUUAGUGGUGGACAACUUCUUGUUCAAGUGGUGGGACCACGUCGAGAAAGGGACGAUAAAGGAAGCUGUUGACAUGAAGACAAUUCACAAGCUGACUUAGAAAUGAAGUAGUAGUAAUGUCUGAUUUCAUUUCAACUUGUGUCAUUUUAUCAUAUUCAGUUGUUUGAAACUGAUCAAACUUGGUUGCCAAAUAGGGGUGUUGUUGACGCCGGUAAGUUUGAAUUGUGUUGCAAGUUCAAUUUGCUCUUGUUGGUGAAUUUUGGCAGGCCUUCUAAGUUUAGGUAUAUCUCCUUGUCUUUGUUUGAUGUGGUCAGUUUUUGUUGUGGCUUUGAAAUAAAAUUUAUUGUUAUCUGUCGAAGGAUUAUACUGAUAAA